AUGUCGCGAGACUUGUCUGACAGGCUGCCACUCAUGCUACAAGUGCGCGGAUCGGUUUAUCAAAGAAUACGAUGGCGGCUGCUCGGCUUUGCAGCAUUCGCGGCAGUAGCUGCGUUCCUCGAUCAGCAUAACGUGAUUGGCGAAUGGAGCGAUGCGAGCAGCAGCGCAUUGCCGAUGUUCCUCAGCAUGCUCGUCAGCAUGAUGGUCAGCUUUCGGUUCAGCAGUAGUCUCGAGCGCUUGAACGAAGGGAGACGGCUGUGGGCUUCCCUUUUGACGCAGACGCGAGUCUUUGCGAGAGCCGUUUCAUUUGCGCCAAUCGAGCAUACGCCAUCGGCAGCUAAGGACAGCUCUUUGAAGCUGCUCGUCGCUUUUGCGUACGCGCUGAAAUCACAUCUGCGCGAUGAGGCCGCACUCGACGAGCCAAUGCUGCCUCCUCUACUAUCCUUCGAAUUGCUUCAGGCUGCCAAACAGAUGGCUCGUCGGAGCAACCACGUUACCUCUGAAGCAGAUCGAGAACUAAGUGCACUCAAUGAUGACUCUCACUUCGAGCUCGCUCGGCGGUCUGCGCCGUCCGCAACCGCGAAUCUGCCUCUCAUAAUCCUAAGGCAUUUGCACGUCCAUCUCAAUUGCUUGCGCGCGGACAAGACGCUCGAAAUAUCCGAUCACGCCUUUCUCAACGGCAUACUCAGGGAGAUGACUGACAUUGUCACAAAAACUGAGCGCAUCAAGGCAACGCCAAUUCCCAUGUGCCUUGGCAUACACCUGCAGCAAAUGCUGACGCUGUACUUGAUGUCGAUACCGCUUCAGCUCGUGGGACAGUUCGGAUACGGCGUGAUUCCGAUUACUGUACUUGCCGCACAUUGCUUCCUGGGCGUUGAUGCCUCGGCCGAAGAGCUUUCUGAUCCCUUUGGGAGAGAAGAGAAUGAUCUGCCGCUGGAUCAAUACUGCAGUGAUAUACAUCGCGAAUGGCAAGAGCUCGUUCAGCAAGGCCGUGCGAGUGGUGCAAAAUUGAACGACGUUGAGCCUGUCUUGCCAGGAUCCAAGCAUGGCAUUCAGCAUCCUGAUUGACUCGCGACGUACGCCGGGCGAAUCGUACCGGACAGGACUAGUGCCAAUUCUGCGCUCGAAUCGUGUCCACGGCUGGCUAUCGUACGGCAGCGCCAACAGUGGCUACGAGC